AUGUCUGCUGACAUGCUGGGUGACAAGCGCAAGAGCCCUAAGUGUGGGGUGCUGAAGAGUCGGGAGGAGCCCCCCAAACUCCUGGACUGCAAGUUUCAGGAGCGAUACUUCAUCAUCCAGGAUCACAAGCUGCUGCUGCUGAAGGAGAAAAGGAGUGCCCGGCCAGAGCGGGAGUGGCCCCUCAACAUGGCCAAGGUUUACAUGGGGAUUCGGAAGAAGCUGAAGCCGCCGUCCCAGUGGGGAUUCACUCUGAUCCUGGACAAGCAGCAGCUGUACCUGGCGUGUGCGGGGCAGGCUGAGCUGUGGGACUGGACCACCAGCAUUCUGAAGGCUCAGCAUGACGACCUGCGCCCAGUGAUCAUGAGACGGCGCUCCUCCUCCGACCUCACCAAGCAGAAGUUUGGCACCAUGCCCCUGAUCCCUCUGCGGGGAGACAAUACAGAUGCCACCAUGCUCUCCGCCAACCAGACACUGGUAAGGCAGUGCCAGCACCCCCAGAGCCUUGCAGCGACAGGCUGCCAGCCCACUGCACCACCUCCAAACACCCCCACCCAGCUCCAGACAGGCUCGGGAGAACCAGUGAACCACGCAGGGGUGCUGCAGGCUGUGUUCGUUGUGCAGGGCUGCCUCUCUGUGCCGUGGGUGUGAGAGCUUGGCCAGGCUGGG